GCACGACUCCCGCACCGACGCUGGGAGCACUUCGCUCACAGUGCCGUUUGGCUAACGGCGAUCCGGAUCCGGCGCCUUCUCCGCAUCGCUCGGGCCACGCAGACGGUGACAUCGCUCUGUUGUGAUGCUACGUGAGGUGGCAGUUUUAUGUGAGCCAUGCCUUCUAUUUCUGGAAGUAAAUGUUUGGAAGAUGUACCCCCUCUUUGCCCACAUGCAGCUAACCUGAUAAAUGCAGAUAUCACUAGGGGUCAGAAGUCUUCCAGUGUGGAUGGGGAUGCCAUAACUGUGGCCAGUGGUGACAGGUUAUCUGCAAAUGCACAACAGGACUGCCUCAAGGUUCAGGCUGAAUCAUACCAUGAAAGUGAGUCGGAGAACAGAAAAAUGUCUGCCGAUCAAAGGAGCUGGAUCCGCCCUGAUUUGCCCAGCAGAUGUACCUGGAGUCUGGGUGCGCCACUUUCAGAGUCACCUCAUAGUCACCAAAAACGCACCAAGGCCCCCAGCAUCCUUCCCAACAUCCUUGGAAAAAUUGGACACACACCUCUGGUUCGUUUGAACAAAAUCCCAAAGGAGUUUGGACUCAAGUGUGACAUUUUGGCCAAGUGUGAGUUCUUCAACGCAGGAGGCAGCGUGAAAGACAGGAUCGCCCUGCGCAUGGUGGAGGAUGCUGAGAUAGCUGGGAUCCUCAAACCGGGAGACACGAUCAUCGAGCCCACCUCCGGAAACACAGGCAUUGGCCUCGCCCUCACAGCUGCAGUGAAAGGCUACCGCUGCAUUAUCACCAUGCCUGAGAAGAUGAGCAUGGAAAAGGUGGAUGUGUUGCGAGCUCUCGGGGCAGAAAUAGUGCGUACACCUACAUCUGCAGCUUUUGAUUCACCAGAAUCUCAUAUAGGUGCCGCUCGACGGCUAAAGAAUGAGAUCCCUAACUCGCACAUCCUUGACCAGUAUCGAAAUGCCAGCAACCCCCUGGCUCACUACGAUACCACAGCCCUGGAGAUACUGGAGCAGUGCGAUGGUAAACUGGACAUGUUGGUGGCUGGAGCUGGCACAGGUGGUACACUCACAGGUGUUGCUCGAAAGUUGAAGGAGAGGUGUCCCAAUGUCAAGAUAGUUGGCGUGGACCCCGAGGGCUCCAUUCUGGUUGAAUCAAAAGAGAAGAAUGAAAAAAAGGUUUCAUUUGAAGUGGAGGGCAUUGGAUACGACUUUAUCCCUACAGUGUUGGACAGAUCUAUUGUUGACAUGUGGUAUAAAUCAAAUGAUAUGGAGACGUUCACCAUGUCACGCAAGCUGAUCAGAGAUGAAGGUCUUCUGUGCGGCGGCAGCUCUGGCGCAGCCAUUGCAGCAGCAGUGAAGAUGGCUCAGCAGCUUGACGAGGGACAACGCUGCGUGGUCAUUCUGGCUGACUCCGUCCGCAACUACAUGUCAAAGUUCCUGAGUGAUGAGUGGAUGUGUGAGAAGGGCUUCCUCAGCCUGGAGGCGCCGAUGGACCUCGAGCCCUGGUGGUGGAACCUGACUGUCCAGUGCUUACACCUGUCUGCCCCCCUCACUGUCUUACCAUCUGUGUCCUGCCAGAAAAGUAUUGAGAUCCUGAAGGACCAAGCGUUGGAUCAGGCCCCAGUCGUCGAUGAGUCGGGUGUGAUCCUGGGGAUGGUGACUCUGCGAACCAUUCUGUCCUCUGUGUCGGCUGGGCAGGUCGGACCCUCAGACACUGUCGGCAAGGUGCUCUGCAAGAAUUUCAAACAGGUGCACCUGACUGACAGCUUGGGGAAGUUGUCCCAUAUACUCAAAACAGACAACUUUGCCUUGGUGGUGUAUGAUCACACACAGUAUGAGGCUGAUGGGUCAGCUUGCCAGAGGCAGAUGGUGUUUGGCGUUGUGACAGCGACCGACGUCCUCAGCUACAUCACCACACAUGAGAGGGAGGAUUGCUGAUACUCGCUAUCAGACAACAUGUCUCUGUGACCGUUUCCUGUACAAGACGUGGAUGAUGCCGCCUGCUUACCAAGAGGCAGCACAUGAUUACCUGCGGUUUAGUCUAAAUCAUGUUUAUUUCAGUGUUUUGGGGGCUAUGUUUUUUUUAUUUUUUUUUAUUUCCUUAGAGGUGAUUCCUUGACUUUGAUUCCACAUAAGCAAUAGUCCUUACGUAGUAUUAAUAAAUCGGGUUCUUAAAUCAGUUGUAAAGGAUAAGGCUGAGAGUCUAUAUUUUUGCUUUCUAUUGUUCCCAUUGCCAACAGAUCCUAUGAAAGGAGCAAAACAACAAAACCACAUCACACUGUUGCACUGGGUGACAUGUUCUUUCAUUAUGAUUAACAUGAGCACUGUCGUUAAUUCAUAUUUCAGUUCCAUACACACUGCAAUGCUGUUGCAUAUACCCACUGGUGCACCAAAUUUGCAUUCAUCCGCAGGCUAAAAACUACAGUGGCCACCUUUUGUUAUAGGACAUUAGUCUGUUUUAAAAAUUAAACUAUAAAUCGGGGAUCGGUUUUUAAAGAUUUACGUCUUCAGUGAGAACUCAUGGACUUGGGUCACAUGUACAGGGGAGGGAUGUCAGAAAGCAAGCACACACUCUUGGUUUCGGUUUUUAAUGGGAUGUGUAGACAUUAAGGAACGUGUAGAAAAAGGCCAGCCUUAUCCUUUCAGUUGUUAUUCUGUCCAGCGUUGAUUGUCAUUUUAUUAUCAUGAUUUUUUUAUGACUUUAAUCAUUAAAAAUGCUUUUUAAAUGAAAUGUUUUUUCCUUCUAUUUACCCUGCAGCUCUACUUGCUGUAGGAGUGGCAAACUGAAGGAAGAGUUUGAGAAAACCAAUCUUAACUCAAGGGUAACUCACUAGCUUUUUCCAAAUGGUUUAUACUGUAGCGUUUGAAUGUGGACGGCCUCCCCAAUCUUUCUUCCACCAUCCACUGAAUCCUGAUAGAUGACUUCCCGUAUCACCAAAAUUCCCUGCUUUAUUAAUAUGAUGAUAACUGAACCAUCUUCAUGACAAAAGAGCAAACUUGAUCUGCUGAAGAAGACUGCGAGAUGUGGUUGAAGGGACUGGAAAAAAAGCUUUAAAUAGACCUUUAAUUCAGACUUUUUAUUUUAUUUUAUUUUUGGUUAAACUAAAGUUUUAAAGAUUAAGAAUGAGAUGUAUUCCUAUAGGAAUGAAGAUGUAAUUAAAUAUUUACAGUACUUUGCCUGAAAAAAAUCACCUCGUUUUAAAUCAAACAGUCAAGUCUAUUGAUAUUGUAAUUGGGGUUAAGUGUUGUGCCCUUCUGAUUUAGGCUUGUCCUGGUGUUCUCUACAUUUUUAGAGGGCUACCUGGAAACCUAUUGAUACAUAUUUUUAAGGUUGUAGUCAAGCUUGUUGCUUUUCUGAAGCUCAGUACGGACAGGUGGAUGAGUGACUCCACCUAGUGGCUGAGAAACUCAAACCAGGUAAGGUAAUCUCUUUCACACGUUGAUAUGAGACAACCUCACAAAAGUUUUUUUGCAGAAAAAAUUUAGAUCAAAGUUUUAGAACAACUCCUUUCCUGUUUUAUUGAAGCGUACAUAGUUUAAUGCAUCAGUGCACUCCGAAAUUAAAGCACUGAACAAAUUGGAGAUUUAAAAAAAUGAAUCUUUUUGUUUAACAAGAUUGAAUCCAAAUUCAACGUAUUAAACAGCUGAACACACUUGUGGUGUUCUUUCUAAAAUGGAAAUCAAAUAUUGUUUGGAGAAUUUUUCCCACAAGUUCCCACAAAUGUGUUGCACUUUGCUUUCACCCUUCUACCUAGUUCAUCCCAAACCCACACAAUGGAGUUUAAGUCUGGAAACUGUGCUGGUCUUCCAUCAUUUGAAGCCUCCCGUCUUGCUCUUUUCUUCUAAGGUAGUUCUGACAUGGCCUGGAGAUGGAGUGGCCUCAGAAAAUAUUCAGACCCCUUCACUAUUUGCACUUUAAUGUGUUGUAGAUUUAAUUUUAAAUGGAUAAAAUUGCCAAAUGUAUUAACAAUGAAAAACAUAAUAUCUCAUUUACAAAAGUAUUCAGACCCUUAGUUCAGUAUUUUGUAGAAGGCCCUAUGGCAGCAAUUACAGCUUAGAGUCUUCAUGGGUUAGUGUCGUCAAGCUUUGCACACCUGGAUUUAGACAUUUUAUCCCAGUCUUCCUGGCAGAUCCUCUCAAGCUCUGUCAGAUUGGACGGGAAGUGUCUCUGAACUGACAUCCUAAAGUCACUCCUCAGAUGUUCUAUGGGGUUUAAUCUGGGCUUUGGCUGGGUCACUCAAAGACAGUCACAGACUUGUCCCAAAGCCACUCCAGCGUUGUCUUGGCUGUCUGGUUUGGGUCAUUGUCAUGCUGAAGGGCUAACCGUCGCCCCAGUCUCGGGUCACGUGUACUCUGGAGCAGGUUUUCUUCAAAGAUCUCUUUGUAUUUGGCUGCAUUCAUCCUUACCUGUCCUGACAAGUCUCCCUUUACGUGCCAAUGAGAAGCCCCCCCAUAGCGUGAAGCUCCCACCACCAUGCUUCACCGUAGGGAUGCUAU